AUGUUCUCAUGGUGCCUCGGCAAUGCCGGCACAGUUCCUGAUGAGCACAGCCACGCAGCUCUUGUCAUAGACUUUCCGGAUGAGAACUGCUAUGCACAGUAUGAGACCCACCAUGCUUUCCGUGACAAAGCGGAGAGCUCACAAGUGGACGAAGGAGACUUAGAUGCUUCCAUCUCCACGGCGGCCUCUUCCUUCCAUGAGGAGGUCGGUACGGGGGAAGCUGAGAAGACGUUGAAGCUGACCUUCAAGACGCCAGACAGGGAGCAUGUCGAGGUUCUCUUCCACUCCACUCCGCUGUGCGUGCGCUUCUCGAAGAGUGUGCCUUUGACUGUCACGGCGGUUGGCACGGAAUUUUCGGGCAGCGCUCAUGUGGAGACAUCCUGGGUGCUCACGCAUGUAGAUGACCUACGGGUAGAUACGGACUACAAGUAUGCAGCGCACCAGAUCAGGUUAGCUACGAGGUCGCUUCCCCGCAGAACAUAUCUUGCCGGGCGCGACGAGAUCGUCGACUUUGGCCGUGAGAUUUAG